AUGCAAACCGGUCAUACGUUGGAGGCCGUCCCCCGCACGCCGCGCCUAUCCCGAGCCCCAAUGAGAACAGGCCGCACGCUAGCGCCAACCAACGAAGCCCAUCCUUGUGCCAACCAAAGAGCCCCCCGCUCUAACCGUGAAGGAGCUGCUCGUAGGUGCUUUACCCUUGUCCGUCUAAGCGAGAGGGAGCUACAUGAGAUACUUGAGCCAACUCAUCUUUCAGCUGCCCCGAAUGAGAGGGCGAAGCUCGCCAAGACCGACACUCGUCGAUUCAAGCGAGCGCCGGCUUUGGCUCGACCGGAAACUAAUGUCCACUCGCCCGUCACGACCCCGACCUCCGAAACCAUAGGGUCAAAAGGAACGACCUCCGAAGGAGCGCUAGUAAGGCUAGGAGGCACCAUCGAGCCCCCUCCUUAUCGAGCCUCCGGUAUCAACUAG